AUGGAAUUUUUAGACCAAAGAGAUUACCCACAGCAACAAGAAGAUAUAGAUUCAUUAAUGCUUAACAACAUUAACAAAUAAAGUGUAAUUUGCGAUUCCCAAUUCUUCACAACUUCAAGAAAAACUACUCGCCCUUAAACUGCACUUUAAUUGCCUUCUAAAGAUGCAUUGUUUGAGUAGCCAUUAUUUUCAAAUGAUGAAGAAAUCAAGGAGUCUAAAAAUAAGGAUGUAUAUUAUCACACAAAAAUGAAAUUAUUUGCAAAAAAGUAUUCGACUACAAUGCCAACCCACAUGAGUACAUAAUAAUCAAUUAUAAAAUCCUAACCACUAAUUCAAUCUGCGACAAAAAGAACUUCAAAAACCAAUAAUUCAGUUACUAAACUUGUGGUAAAAUAAUAAUCAAUAGAAGUGGUAAAUUAAUAAUAAAUACUCAAACCUACUACUAUGAAUAUCAAUUAACUGUUCUCUUAAAUUUAAUAGAUAAGACAAGAACCUCAGUUUGUGUAAUGCAAUUUAGAUAAUGUUAAAACAACUACAAAAAUAUUGUAAAUAAAUCCUGAGGAAGUCAAGGCACUGUAUGAAGAAUUAGCUCAUUUAGAUGUCAAAUUUAUGAAAAUGACUGCUGACACUGAAGUUUUCAUACAUAAUCUCUAUGCUGAUAAAAACAAGUUCUUGAAAAUUAAGGAUAAUGUAAUAACCGAGCAUUAAUUAAUAUUUCUAACUGAAUAACUAAGGAUUAAAAGAGAAUUGAUAGAAUAAGGUUAACCUUUUGAUAGUAUCAAUUUUGAUGAGAUCGACAAAAUCGUCUAGAGGCUCAUUUUUUUUGAACGAUUUACUAAAUCGACAAGGAUUAAUCUUGUUAAAUUAGGUUAGUAUAUAGAAGUCCCUCCUGGAGAGUAUGUAUUUCAUUAAGGAGAUUUUGGAGAUAAUUUGUUUGUAAUUUUAUCUGGAAGUGUUGAUGUGAAAAUAGAAAAGAAAUUUACUCAAGAUGGGCCGGUAAUUGAAUAGGUUGUUUCAUCUCUCUAUGAUGGCUAACAUUUCGGAGAAUUGGCUAUGAUGGAAACUACAUAAAAGGGCUAAGAGGAAGUUCUCGAAGAAAAAUUAGAAAAUAUCAAUGUAAGAUCCCUUAAAGAAGUUAAGGAGCAACUCAUUAAAAAAUAACUUCAAGAUUUAGGAUAGCAAGAUGAAGCUUUAUAAAAAUAAAAAAUUAAAGAAUUACAAAGGCAAAACACAAAUAUAAUUAAUUUGGUUAAGGAAGAUACAGUGAAAGAAAAACAUUAUAUAAUGAAUUUAGCGAAUGAUGACGAUGAAAUAGUCUAAUCGUCUGGCUUGUCAAAAUAAAACAAUAUUUAGUAUAAGAAAGUAGAUAAAGCCUAAUAACGAAAAGCAUCAAUAUAAGCCAGCGAAACUUGUCAUUUGCUGGCUAUUAGCAGAGAAAAUUUCAAAAAUAUCCUUAUGGUCUUGAUGCAGGAUGAAUUAGAGUAGAAAAUUAAAAUGCUUAAAUCUUUGAGGUUCUUUAAACAAAUUCAACCAUUUGUGUUAAUACCACUAGCAAAUUAGUUAAUACCCUAAAGAUUUCAUCUUGAUGAAGUAUUAGUCAGGGAAGGAGAUCUCCUUGAAUAUAUGUUCAUUUUAUAUAAGGGAUCUUGCAAUGUUAUUAGAACUAUAAAUACAGAAAGAAUUAAAAUACCAUAACAUCUUCGAAGAAAGUUGAACAGAAAAUCGUACAGAUAUUAUUAAGAACAUCCAAUAACAAUAACUCAUAAUACUCCUGAAGAUUAUUUGACUUGCUUAACAUAAGAAGAAGAUGAUACCCAUAAAAUCCCAGAUUAUGCUGUCUGUAAUAGCAAUAAUGGAUACAUCUAAUAUAAAAAGAGUUACAUUUAUAAAAAGUUGUUUCCAGGAGAUAUUAUUUUUGGGAGAGUUUUGACAGGAUUAAGGCUUGAAGGUGAUAGAGGUAUUGACAGAGCUAGAAUGACUAUUGUUAGUUCAUCUAGCACUACGAUUGUCUAUAAGAUUAGUCUAAAGCUCAUAUAAUUUUGUCCAGAAUUUUUAAUUGAACACCUUACUAAUCAACUCUUAAUUUACAAAGAAGUUGAUCUCCUUGAAUAGUCAGAAUUAAAUUAAGAAAUCAAGUAAAUCUAUUCCAAAAAUUAAAAAAUAGCGAAGGAUUAAGCCUAAUUACUUUCAGAAAUAGAGGAAAAAUAAAGAAAAAUAGAUUUGUAAGAAUAUUAUAAGAGAAAUAAAUUAAGAAAGCCUUAAAAUGAGAAAAAAUAGGAUUAAAGAAAUUCAGAAUGGGAAUAAUUUAAAGAAAAAGUUGUGAUUCAACAAUUACUGUAUAAUAAAGUCUCAAACUGA